AUGUAUCAUAAAAUAAAGAAGGACUUCACCUAUCUCUCAAUUAUAAAAGAAGCUAUAAGUACAUUUCCAAGGAAAGCAGCUACAACAAGACAAAUAUUUUCAUAUAUGGUAGCUAAACAUCCAAAUAUAUUUAAAGAAUCUAAUAGUUUAACCUGGAAGAACAAUGUAAGACAACUUCUCUCAAAAAGUCCUGAAUUUAUAAAACAUAGAGGAGCCAGUACAGUGGGAACAAAACAUGCAUUGUGGAUUUUUAAACCAAUUGAGGAAAUAGAAAAAGAAGAAGAUAUGUUGAGAAAUUAUUUACAGUUUGAUGAUACUAAUAGCAGUAAAACUAAUACAAAGUAUUUCUAUGAUUUUUAUUGUAAUGAAUCUUAUGAAAAUGAAGAAAAUAAAUAG